GUCGGGCUCUGCAGGCGAGACGAACAAUGCUGCUGGUGUUGAGAGCUCUGAUGGUGCUGGGUCUGACGGUCUCCCUGAAGUCGGGGCAAGGAGCCAGACUGAGUGGCACGUCUGUGAGACUGGUCCUGGAUCCCUCAGUGCCGCCUCAGUUCGGCAGGUCCGCCUCGACCAUCGCCAACAUGUCUCUGUCUCCGUGGACGUACAGAGAGUCCUGUGUGGAGUCUCGGUUGCCUCGGCGGAUCUUUCAUGCUGUGUGCCUGACCUCUGGCUGUCUGAGCCUGCAGGGGGGAGGAGAGAAUGCAGCCCUUGAGGCCAAACCCAUCUACCACCAGGUCCUGGUCCUCCACAAAAUCUCCAAGCAAAGGCCCGGUAACAGGAGGAGGAAAUGGUACGGCUUCAGACUGGGGACGGAGGUGAUCACAGUGGGCUGCACCUGCGUGAGGCCCAGUGUCGUCCCACAGCAGCCAUACAGAGGACUCUUGUGAUGGUAGCAACUCUUUCAGCAUAUUGUCAAUGUUUUACCACUUUCUAACUCAAACGUCCAACAUUAUUUUAAGUUUUCACUGAAUCAUCUUUAAUGUAUUUCCCAAAAGACACACAAAAGGAAUAUUGUUGUACCGCUUUCUAAUGUGGCCCUGCCUUUAACAUGUUACUUAUUGCUUAUUACACUCAAAGAGCUUCUUUCUAGCCCCUAGUGGUGGAAAAUACUAAAUGCAGUAGGUACAGGCUGUCAUUUACUGUAUGUCAUUUUCUCAGUCAUCAAAAGGAUGUCGUUGGAAAUAUAUAUUUGUAUAUGCUAUAUUAUUUGUUUGUUGAUCGUAAAAAAAACUCACCUUUUUAACUCACCUUUUAAAAAUAAUAACUGUUCUUAUUUUAUU